CACCAACACCCCCCCGCGCUGACCUUUCUCAACAUAGAGGAUUGGAACGAAGAGGCUAGAUGAUUGUGAGUAAAUAUGGCAUCGUCGCUAUCUUCAGGAAAAGUAUCAAACUCUUUUCCACCUUCCCUCAGUCCACACUCUACUUAUCGUGCUGUCAAAUUUCUACCAGAACCCUGCGUUAUUCCUAUUGAGAGUUCUUGGAAUACAAGCGAACUAAAUAAUACAAACAUGGAAAAGCAUGUGUACGAGAGCUCUCCCGGCGACCGAGUAACAGAUGCCAUGCUAGAUGAAGCUGCGGAACUCUUUAAUAAGAACUACGGUAUCUGGGGAAAUAAUUCACAUAAUCCAGGAAAACCUGUCAAGCUCAGUGCAAGUCGUCUGCGGAAACAAUACCUACCCGAUACCGCUACCACGACCUACGUCAAAGUGACCGUGAAUGAGAAUCUUGCUGGAAACGCAUUCGCGUGUCGUUGGAAACAUAGUGGAAAGAACAUUUGUUGGAUUACUCAGUUGGUUGUUGACCGUAACUACCGCGAACGUGGACUCGCGAGCGCCCUGUUGAGAUUGAUUCGUUUGGAUACGGAUGAUAUGUACGGCAUCAUGAGCUCUCAUCCAGCUGCAUGCAUGGCAGCCGCAUCAUCUUAUGGGAUGGGUAUUGAAAAGGUUUCUUUGAGCUUGAUUAAAGGUAACGCCAAAGCAAUCAUGGAAACUUCACCUAUACCUUAUAUUAAAGAUGCAAGGUUGUGUGGCACCCUUUUUGAUCCCGAAGAUUCAACAGGACUCAUCUGCGGGGUCAAUACCGGAUUCUUCGUUGAUCACGAGGAACCGCUGGAGAUAUUGGAAAUGGUUCGUCAAAGCUGGCAGUGGCCACUUGGGGAUUUGCCGGAUGGCCAUGAAUAUCUCCUUAUUUUGUCAGGCAGACAUCGCCGAUCGAGAUCAUCAUCAUCAUCCAAAUUCAAAGGUAGAGUGACCGAGAAUAUGUGAUUGAACUUAAAUUGGAGAUAGUUUCGAUUUAUUCUUGAAAUCAUGACACUGUUCGAGGGUUGACUUAGUAAAACGGUUGUAGCCCCUUGCUCAUCGUCGGAUCUUCCGACCACCGCAUUGAAGAUUGUAUCUGAUCACAUGCAUCACGGAAUAGAUAAGUGCCAACGCCCGGAAUCAGAAAUUGAACCCGUUUUCUCCUAAGUACCUGCAUUGCAUUCUGAAAGCUUUCCACGCUCUUGGCAGUGUCUCCAAGCUUGUACCAUGCGGCACAGAGGAAAAGAUACACCACACCGCAGGUAAAAACUUCUUCCUCUGAGGGAUUAUAGUAUCUAUUCCACGUCAAGACAUCUUCCCAUCGUUUCCGUGCUUCUUCUGGUCCUCGGGAGAGACGCGCAAGCGCGAUGAGCACCCUGACGUGCCCAAGCCGAUCCACUAUGUUCAGUUGCCGUAGGUUGCCAUAUACGGCUAGCAGCUCUCGGACCAGAAGCGCGGCAUCCUCGCUACAGCCCUGUCUGAUCCUGAUUUCAACAAGGGAAAGGAGCAAGCGCCGGAACCCUCUCGAUUUUUGACCGGAUAGUGGUUUUGGCCGUUUUAAGUUGCGGUUCCACCAUCUCCUCUGCCUCGAAAAGAUAGGCGGUCCGGUCGGUUAAGUAGGCAAGCUCGCAGUAAAGAUCGGCGAGAGACGAUUGAACGAGGUAACGUUUGUAUUUGGGCAGCCAAGGAGGCCUAGAGCAAGUUUGGAAGCAGAUCUUCGAUUCUUCAAAUCGUCCCUUCCCGCGCAUGAUGCGGCCAACACAAAGGAUAUGGUCCCUGAGAAGGUGCUCCUGCUUCCCCGGAAGGCCCGCAAUCUCUGCGUGCGCUUUAUCGAAUCGGAAACGACAUACGUGAUUAGUCGCCUAUGAUAGAUACAGAGUUGCGAGGUCCUCUCGUGGUAACAGACCGCUAGGCCCAAUAUUCAAACCUAUCGUGAAUAACUUUAUUACACGCUCGGAGCCCUCGACAUCACCAUUGAGUCUCAUGAUAACGCUCUGUUGGUAGGCGCUUUCCACCUGAAGCCGCAGAAACUGCUUAGCAGAAUCAAGGAUCCAUCGUUGACUGGGUACAAUUUUGAAUGCUGUCAAUAAUGACUUAAUGAAGUGGAUUCGACUGACCAUCGGGACAUCAUCCUGCGCAAAGUAGUUUGCCAUGCUCUGUAAUAACCCAUUCGGAUCCGUGUGAACUUCUUGGCCGCGGGAAUAAAUGUCUUGUGUGGCUGUGAGCCCAAGCGUACCCUGAGCAUGCUCGGAAAAUUUCCACUGGACACUUCACCCUGUUCUAAAAAGAGGUUUCUCCGGUGCCUAACUCUCCUGUUUUUGAUAAUAUGAUUAAUCUGCGCCGUCUAUGCGAUUUCCCGUAACAGGAACGACAUCUCGAUUGAACUCGAUUGAAGCAAAAGAGAAUGAAUGAUACAGACAGUCAAUUAACGGGAUUGGAAACCAGGUGGAGAAGUUUCGGACGUAUCUUCGCUUAUACGAUCGGUUAAUAUUUAUGAUGGCCCUUGCAACCCAAAAGUUAAAUAAAUUUCUCCACACCGGUUGACCAAACAACUAGCAAAAGUGUUUUGCCCAGUCAAAGUAGAAAUUCCCCAAUUUCUUCCGACCAUAUCGUUACCGUUAGAUACGGUCCAAUACGCCUCUUAUCAAACCUUCUAUACGCUAUCCUUGGUCCUUAAACCAAAUUGGUGAUAAAAACGUUCCUCCAUGUUUUCUACGUUUCCUUGUCUUUCUCUCGGCUCUAGCGCUUGGAUGGUGUUUUGAAGCAACACGUUUCUGAAAGGGAAAGUGGUAGGUACGAGUUCCAUUGGGACAAAAGCAAGGAUAUCAUGUAAUCAACGUACAUUACAAUAGAAUACAAGAGGCUGCAGAGAUAAACUGAGAAUAAUUGAAAGUUGUUUCUUGAUACCAAAUGUACUUGGAUCAUUCUGUCACCAUGUCGCCCCUCGCUCAUUCUUCAUGAACAGCAUACCUCCUCCUCACACUAAUGGUUUGGACAAGGGACAGUCUAACUCUGGAUUCGUUAACACGACUCAUGGUGGAACUUGGUAUUCAGAAAGCCUGAAUGCGGUUUAGUAUGAUCAAAGCAACGAAAUAGGUAGUUGCGGUACAAUUCUUAUUUCUUUUGUUCGCGAUUUUCCCAUUCAAUAAGCCGGGACCAUGCCUCUCGACAUACGGCUUUCAGUUUGUCUCCAGAGGAAGCACCUCGGAUAACAAAGAGAUCUUUCGACUGGAUAAAAUUCAUACUCUUCGAGCUUAUAGAAACCACAUGUGUACUGAUGCUCGUUCCCCGGGAGUCCUUUGUCACAGAAAGUUCAUGUGUGUCGGUCACACGAAUAUGGUCGGGGGGAACAACAGUUGAAUUUUCCAUGGAUGCGAGCUGUGAUAGGUAUUUUCGUUUAGCGUCAAGAGCCGCAGCAAAAUAUCCUCCUAGCAAAUGCUAGUAGUCGUGAGAUCUGAGUGUCUGGGCUCGUUAACCAAAAGUCUGACCAAGGUGAGUAGCGCUUCUUAGCCGGUUCAGAGUCGUUGGACGUUAGUGUAAGCUGAGAGGGCGGCUCUACAGACUGAUAUUGGCCGGACCUUGAUAGAUUAAAGGAUGUUUGUGGACUUAAAUCAGAGACCUGGUUAGGCACAUUUCGGGGAAUAUCGAAGCUGUGCGGUGUUCAUGAAGUGGUCGAAUAAACUACCUCUUAUGGCUCAUAUAUAGUCGUUUCGCUAUCGACUAUCUGCGACUUGGGACCUGUUCACACCCCGUAUAUUUGUCGCUUCGCCAUGGUCUUAUCGAUCCGCACCAUUUUAGAGUGGAUAUCCUUGUUUUAAUCUAGGAAGUUUGAACGAAGUUCUUGACCUUUAAAAUAUUAGCAGUUAUUCAAGUGACAAUAAUGGUGACUAGGUGUGCGAAGAAGUACAGUCGUGCAUGAUCAACCCUGUAGGCUAACUUACAUAGUUGAGCAGAUAACUAUGU